AUAGUUGUAUUCGCACAGGAACGAAUCACUGACAACGAUGUUAUACAAAAGCACACCUCGUUCUCUGAACAAACACGCGUGAAAAGCACUCAUGAAAAGAAGAAUUACUUCUGCGAGUCAUUAUGGAGAAUGUCGACUUGGUUGAGGCCUCCAUCCUGACUGUAAACCGUGUGAACCAGCCAUGCAUUCGCCUUCUGCAGGCACCGCAUGGUUUGCCAGGACCUCUUCAAGGCAGCCUGAAAAUUGUGCUCCGGACAGAAAGAACAAAAAGACCCAUGUACCUGUAUGUUCCCAAGGUAUAAAAGUCACGGGAACAAAAGCAGACCCCCUUGAUGGUGCCACCUCAGUGACCAGCCACUCUAUCCCUAAUCCCAAGAACUUCCUCAGCACAAUGUAGAAAAGUGGAGCGCCUCGUCCACGAGCGUCCACAUCUGUCUUGAAGGAGAGACACGGUGCUGCUUGCUGAUGUUGGUAGGGGCAAUGGAAAGCUGCCUUUCGGUCUCACCAACCAUGUGGAUAAAGGCAGGAAAGAGACGCCAGUGACACACAAAUCCUGACUGAGAAUUUGAUUUUUUUCCACUCCUCCUCAAAAAAUCUGGAGAAUAACAACGGAGGGACUGCAGCAGAACAAUCCUGCCUCACCACCGCCAUAAUGGCACCCACGCUUUCCUAGAUUGUUGUGCUCCAGAGAAGAAAGACCGUCCACUGAAGCCAUGAGAGUGUCCAGCCUUUGCUUCACAAAACAUCCCAGCCAAGCUUUUUUUAGCCGCUCCUCUGCUUCCCUGGGAAAAUACACUGAAUCUGGAUUUUAGAGACAAAGCUCCAAAAGGCUUUCAGGGCAAUCACCAUACCCUCCCCUGUUCUGCUAUACUUCACUCGUAGUUUUUUUUCCAUUCCUCGGAGUCCUAGAGGCAUCAACUGAUGGAGAGACGGAGGAGAGUUAGGAUAAGGACAAAGAAUUAGAUCAGGUAGAUCUUGAAAAAGAACUGCUGAGUCAUUAGGAAAACUGGAAAAAAAGGCCCCUGCCAGGCUUUUUCCCGGGUAGCUACAAGAGAGAAUAAUUGUUGCCCACAGAUCUAUUGACGGCAGCAGAAAAAAGGUCCGACCUCUGCAUCAUUUAGCGUCUCAGAACGUCAAUCAUGAUAAGGAGUGUAAGAUUCCUGUGUUGGCCGUUGUUGCUGCUGACCCUCUUCAGCCUGUUCUCCAGAGUGAGGAUGCUGGAGUUUGGGGGGGCGCCUGGCCAGUGGGCUCGAUAUGGCCGCUGGGAAGCUGGCUCGGUGGGUGAGUUGAGCUUCAGCUUGAAGACCAACGUCAGCAAAGCUUUAGUACUCUACCUGGACGAUGGCGGCAACUGUGACUUUCUGGAGUUGCUGAUCGCUGGUGGCCGCUUCCAGCUGCGCUUUGCCAUCCACUGCGCCGAGCCUGCCAUUUUACACAUGGAGACGCGAAUCAGCGACGACCGCUGGCACAUGGUCGUACUCACCCGCAACUACAGAGAGACCCUCCUGAUGGUGGACGGUGAGACCAAAGUGGCCGAGGUCAAGUCUAAGCGGAAGGAGAUGGCCGUGGUCAGCGACCUAUUUGUGGGUGGGAUACCGCCCGACAUGCGCCUCUCUGCGCUUACCUCUAGCACGGUCAAGUACGAGCCCCCUUUCCUGGGCUUGAUCUCCAACUUGAAGGUGGGAGAGAUGCCGCCCACCCUGCUGAACAGCCAGGGCAUCCAGAGCGACCUGGAGUACCUGUGUACGAAACAGAAUCCAUGCUUCAACGGAGGCUUUUGCUCUAUCCAGUACGGAGAGGUUCACUGCGACUGCGCCCAUACCCGCUUCAAGGGGAAGUACUGCAAGGAAGUUGAGGAGUACGUCCUAGAAGGUCUGGCGCACCUGACGUUAAACGACCAAGGUGACUCAUCUCAGAGUGGAAAGGAGGAGUCCGUGGCGACCUUCAAGGGCAACGAGUUCUUCUGCUACGACUUGUCGCUGACACCCAUCCAGAGCAGCACCGACGAGAUCACGCUUUCCUUCCGCACCCUGCAGCGCAACGGCCUCAUGCUGCACACGGGCAAGUCGGCCGACUAUGUCAACCUGUCGCUGAAGAGCGGCGCUGUCUGGCUGGUCAUCAACCUGGGCUCCGGGGCCUUUGAGGCCCUGGUGGAGCCGGUUAACGGCAAGUUCAAUGACAACGCCUGGCACGAUGUCCGCGUCACCCGCAACCUGCGCCAGCACGCAGGCAUUGGACACGCUAUGGUAACCAUCUCAGUCGACGGCAUCCUGACCACCACGGGUUACACGCAGGAGGACUACACCAUGCUGGGUUCUGACGACUUUUUCUACAUUGGUGGGAGCCCCAACACCGCUGACCUGCCGGGGUCACCUGUUAGCAACAACUUCAUGGGAUGCCUCAAAGAUGUCGUGUACAAAAACAACGACUUCAAGCUGGAGCUCUCCCGUCUGGCCAUUGAGCGCGACCCUAAAAUCACCCUGAAUGGCGACCUGGUCUUCCGCUGCGAGGACGUGGCAGCCCUAGACCCAGUCACCUUCGAGACUCCUGAGUCUUUCAUCUCGCUGCCCAAGUGGAACACCAAGAAGACAGGAUCCAUCUCUUUCGACUUCCGCACAACAGAGCCCAGCGGCCUCCUGCUCUUCAGCCACGGCCGCCCUCAGGGUCAAAAGGAGCAGCGGCCCGGGAGGGAGCUGAAGACAGAUUACUUUGCCAUAGAGCUUCUGGAUGGCUUCUUAUACCUGCUGAUUGAUAUGGGCUCUGGUAAGACAAAGCUGAAGGCCAGCCACAAGAAGGUCAAUGAUGGGGAAUGGUGUCAUGUGGACUUUCAGCGAGAAGGAAGGAAAGGCUCCAUCUCCGUCAACAGUCGCAGCAUACCCUUCAGCUCACCAGAGGGCAGCGAGAUCCUCGACCUGGACAGCGACAUGUAUCUAGGCGGUCUUCCCGAGUCUAAGACGGAGCUCAUCCUGCCGCCCGAGGUGUGGACAGCGUUGCUGAACUAUGGCUACGUUGGCUGCGUCCGUGACCUCUUCAUCGAUGGCAAGAGCCGGGACGUGCGCCGCCUUGCCGAGAUCCAGAGCGCGCUUGGCGUUAGCAGCUUCUGCACGCGUGAGCUACAGAAACGCUGCAGCAGCGCCCCCUGUGGCAAUAGUGGGCUGUGCAAAGAGGGCUGGAACCGCUACAUUUGUGAUUGCACCGGCACUGGAUAUCUGGGCAUGAACUGCGAGAUAGAGGCGACAGUGCUGAGCUACGAUGGCAGCAUGUACCUGAAGAUCAUCAUGCCCAUCACCAUGCACACGGAGGCAGAGGAUGUGGCGCUGCGCUUCAUGUCCCAACGUGCCUAUGGGCUCCUCAUGGCCACCACCUCCAAAGAGUCGGCUGACACGCUGCGGCUGGAGCUGGAUGGGGGCCGUGUCAAGCUCACCGUCAACCUCGAUUGUAUCAGGAUAGACUGUAGCCUCAGCAAAGGACCCGAGACACUGUUUGCAGGUCAGAAGCUGAACGAUAACGAGUGGCACACGGUGAAGGUAGUGCGAAGAGGCAAGAGCCUGCAGCUGUCUGUGGAUAACGUCACAGUGGAAGGCCAAAUGACUGGUGCCCACACACGUCUAGAGUUCCACAACAUCGAGACGGGCAUCAUGACGGAGCGCCGCUUCAUCGCUGUGGUGCCCUCUAACUUCAUUGGCCACCUACAGGGCCUCGCCUUCAACGGGGUCCCCUACCUGGACCAGUGCAAGAAUGGCGACAUCUCCUACUGCGAGCUCAAUGCCCGCUUUGGCAUGCGCCAUAUCAUUGCUGAUCCGGUGACAUUCCGGACCAAAGGCAGUUACCUCGCAUUGGCCACGCUGCAGGCUUAUGCCUCCAUGCACCUCUUCUUCCAGUUUAAGACCACCACGCCCGAUGGCCUGAUGCUCUUCAACUCUGGAGAUGGGAGCGACUUCAUUGUUGUGGAACUGGUCAAAGGGUACGUCCACUACGUCUUUGACCUUGGCAAUGGCCCAUCGUUGAUGAAGGGCAACUCUGACAAGCCGCUCAACGACAAUCAGUGGCACAACGUGGUGGUGUCCCGGGAUGCUAACAAUGUACAUACGCUCAAGAUCGACUCACGCACCGUGACUCAGCACUCCAAUGGAGCCCGCAACCUGGACCUCAAAGGAGAGCUGUACAUCGGUGGCGUGAUAAAGAACAUGUACAGUAAUCUGCCCAAGCUGAUUGCGUCCCGGGAUGGGUACCAGGGCUGCCUAGCCUCUGUGGACCUGAACGGGAGACUCCCUGACCUGAUUGCAGAUGCCCUCCACAGGGUGGGCCAGGUGGACCGAGGAUGCGACGGACCCAGUACCACCUGUACGGAGGACUCUUGCUACCAUCAAGGGGUGUGUCUCCAACAGUGGGAGGGCUUCACCUGUGACUGCACCAUGACGUCCUACGGAGGCUCUUUCUGCAGUGACCCCGGGACAACCUACAUCUUCGGCAGAGGCGGAGCCCUCAUCACAUACACGUGGCCGCCCAACGACCGGCCGAGCACGCGGGCAGAUCGGCUGGCGGUGGGCUUCAGCACGCAGCUGAAAGAGGCCAUCUUGGUCAGGGUGGAGAGCGCCAAAGGACUGGGCGACUACCUGGAGCUGCACAUAGAGAGGGGCAGGAUCGGCGUCAUCUUCAACGUGGGAACGGAUGACAUCACCAUAGAGGAGAGCGCGGUGAUGGUGAGCGACGGCAAAUACCACGUGGUGCGCUUUACACGCAGUGGUGGCAAUGCCACGCUGCAGGUGGACAGCCAACCCGUCAUUGAGCGGUUCCCCUCAGGGAACUUUGAUAAUGAGCGCCUGGCUAUUGCUAGACAAAGAAUCCCAUACCGCCUCGGUCGGGUAGUUGACGAGUGGCUACUCGACAAAGGCCGCCAGUUGACCAUCUUCAACAGCCAGGCCUUCAUCAAAAUCGGGGGUGGGGAAAAGGGGCGCCACUUCCAGGGCCAGGUCUCGGGCCUGUACUACAACGGCCUGCAGGUACUCAAACUGGCCUCUGAGGGCGACCCCAACGUGCAGACACAGGGAAACCUGCGGCUGGUGGGUGACGUGCCCUCGGUGCUCGCCACCGACACCACCUCCACCACCCCACUGGCUGACAUGUCCACCACCAUCAUGGAGACCACCACCACCAUGGCCACCACCACCACCCGAAAACAGCGCUCACCCACCAUCAGGGACAGUGUCACGCAGAAUGCGGAUGAAAUUUUAGUUGCAUCCGCUGAAUGUCCGAGUGAUGACGAAGACUUGGAGGAGUGUGAGCCUGGAAAUGGAGGUGAAAUAGUGUUGCCCAUUAUAACCGUGGACUCGCUAGAUCCCCCCUCCAUCGCCACCCGCUACCCAAUAAUGCCCUCACCCCCCACCACUUACCGCCCAUUCCUCACUUUACUUGAAACCACCAAAGAGUCCCUCCCCUUGCCUAACAUCCGGCCCCCCUGCCCCUUGGACCAAGAGGACUGCGAGGAAAAUAUUGAGGUGUCCGCGUAUGGCUCGGGGGAGAUGACCGAGUCUGACGACGAGGAUUAUUACAAAAACUCCCCCCUGGUCACAGACAGGACCGUCCUCCCUCCUCCCCCGGCCGUAGAGGGCCAAAGCCCCCGAGACCGCCAUUUUUCACACUUCCCUUAUGACCACCGCUCGCCCGUGUCCUCCACCCCCACGGCCGACCCCGACCAGCUCAGCCCUCGCGUCAAGGUGGCAGCUGGCGGCAGCAGCAGUAGCAACAACAUCCCGGCGGGAAAAAUGAACACCCGGGAUCAAGUGCUGCUGCCGCCAGCCCACCCCUCGUCAGACCCCGGCCACCGCAGAGUCCCUGGAAUAACCUACCCUCCUAAUUUUCCCCACGUUCCCACUCCAGACCCCACAUCUCCCGACAGAGGCCUGCCGGGCGCCGUGGAAGUGCAGCAGUCGAGCAGCACCACGGGGAUGGUGGUCGGCAUCGUAGCGGCCGCCGCCCUCUGCAUCCUCAUUCUGCUCUACGCCAUGUACAAGUACCGCAACCGUGAUGAGGGCUCCUACCAGGUGGACCAAAGCCGCAACUAUAUCAGCAAUUCGGCCACACAGAGCAACGGGACACUGGUGAAGGAGAAGGCGCCGUGCGCCGGCAAGACAGCCCCCAAGAACAAGAAGAACAAAGACAAGGAGUAUUACGUCUGAAGGGAGUGCCGCCAUGACACAACAGAGGCAGGCCGCGUUUGAGAGAGAGAGAGCGAGAGUGAAAGAGGCCGCAAAGGGCAGACAUUUGUAAAGCCGAGCCCGACCUUACAGAGGCAGACUGACUCGUUUGGACCUCGUGUCUCAACACCUUCCCGUGCCAACUAGCAAAUCAUGACCGGCUGAUCAGGCUGUGUGGAAUCCGCAGUACCGCACAGAAGAACCCUCAGUAUUUGCGCCAUCCAUCAGAAACUACCGACAGUAUCCAACAACGCCGUCUUCUCGCUCUCUCUCGCUCUCUCUCGCUUGCUCGCUCUCGUGGAUCUCUCGCCAUGUCAGCUGAUGAACCCUGCCGUGUUUCAAGCAUGUAGUAUUCAUCGACGACAAAGACACAAACUUUCUUUUUUUUUCUCCGUGGCAUUCUGAGAAACUUUAAAACGUAAAAAAUAAAAAAACGUAGCAACUUAUGUGAGAUACUACCACCGACCCCUCCAGUCUAACAGAUGCUGACUCGUACUUUCAAGCGUCGGGGCCGAACCCUCCGCGGUCGUUUGUGUCAUGUGUUUCUGGUGCUCAGAGGUUGGGCCGGCAGAGAAACUUUUCCUGCAGCUACAAAUAACCAGAAAAAAGCUCCAGCCAAGCAGAGGAACUCUGUUCUUCAUGGCGCUAAAUAUAUGUAUAGACACCGCAGUGACCUACAUUGCUGGGAAAUGGAGAGUUUGCCAAUGCAGUGUAGCUAACACACUCUUUUUUUUCGACGUUGGAAGAGUAAGGCCUUGCUGCAGGCCUCUGUGACUGUCUUCGCUCUGAGAAAUUAGGGACUUUUAAUGGGAAUUCUAGGGGUUCUUCUAGCUGGAGCUCAACUGUGGAAAGUGAAGCCCGAAGGGCCUCUCCGGAGCUGCAGGACCGGUGGCAGCCCCGCGCAUAAAUGGAUAUAUACACAUGAAGACGGAAAGAACGCUAGUGUUCCAAUUUUCUCGGCUCUAUUAAAAGAAAAAAAACUGUACCAUGAUAAGAAAAAAAUGCCGAAAAAGUUUGUGAAAUGUCUAAAUAUUUGCCAUCACAAGAAAUGUGUCCCCAAAUCCUCCCCCUUCCGGCAGUCAUUCCUGUCGAAAAAUGUCCACAAAAUAUUUGGUCAUCUGCUUUUAUUUUGGUACAUUGGAUGUUAUAUUCAUUUUUUCAUCAUUCUCACUCCUUUUCUCUCAGUAUGGCAGAUUCUGUGUCUCUUCAUCCAUCAUACUGUUUUUUCUUUCUUGCUUUUAUAGCAAGGGUGUCCAAACUCUGUCCUGCGAGCUCUGCGUCCAUAAUUGAAGAAAGCAUUUGAUACUUUUUGUACAUGAAAGAUGCUAAAACAAUCCAUUUUAGGUCAAUAUUUGGUCAGCUAUCUGAACAAAAUAUAUUAGAUUUAUGUUAUAGGUGUAAUUUAUGUCUCAUUAACUUUAUUUUAUUUUAACAAUAUACUCUAUGGUCAAUAAAAAAUGAGCUCCGGGCCAAAAUGGUCCUCCAGUCGCACUUUGGACACCUUUGUUGAAUUGCUAUUUCCGUGUGUAUUACUCCAUCACUCUGCUGCCACAUAUUUGUGUUUUGUUUCUCAUCAUCCACUCCUCCCCACCACCACCACCCUGGCAUCCACCUCCCAGUAUCUCCCUGUUCUUUCUAAAUGUUAUUGUAAAGUGUUCCAGUGAGAUGACUCUAAAUAUGUGUACAUUAACAGAGGGAAUACACUUGGUUAUAUACUUCUUACUCCUUGCGUCUGUUGUCUGUUUUAUCAUCUCCUAUGGGGCUGCUACAGUUAAAGACUUCUCUUUUGAAAAAUGACUUUAAUAUUCUUCACAUUUUAAUUCAUUAAACAUGCUAACAUUAAUAACAUUACUAUUAUUUUGUCAACUAAAAGGCCCGAGUGAUACAAUCCUUACCUGAAAACAUAGUUUAUUCUGUACCAUUUUGCAAAGCAACAUGUAACACAAUGACAAACACCGUCCAGCAUAUGAUAAUCAAAUAAAUGAAUAACCAGCGUAUUACAUACAGGUAGUACAUGCAGGU